AUGCUGUACCUCGUCGGUCUCGGUCUCUCUGACGAGACAGACAUCACCGUCAAGGGCCUCGAGGUCGUCAAGAAGGCCUCCAGGGUCUACCUGGAAGCCUACACCAGCAUCCUACUCGUGGACAAGGCCAUCUUGGAGAGCUACUACGGCCGCGAAGUCGUCAUCGCCGACCGCGAAAUGGUCGAGUCCAACAGCGACGAGAUCCUCCGCGACGCCCAGACCGUCGACGUCGCCUUCCUCGUCGUCGGCGACCCCUUCGGCGCGACCACGCACACCGACCUCGUCCUGCGCGCGCGCGAGCUCGCCAUCCCCGUCUCGACCGUUCCCAACGCCUCCAUCAUGUCCGGCAUCGGCGCCACGGGCCUGCAGCUCUACAACUUUGGCCAGACCGUCUCCAUGGUCUUCUUCCUGGACAACUGGAAGCCGGCGUCGUUCUACGACCGCAUCCGCGAGAACCGCAGCAUCGGCCUACACACGCUCUUGCUGCUCGACAUCAAGGUCAAAGAGCAGAGCCUUGAGAACAUGGCGCGUGGGCGCAAGAUCUACGAGCCGCCGCGGUACAUGACAGUGGGCCAGUGCGCGGCGCAGAUGCUUGAGAUUGAGGAGGAGAAGGGCGAGGGCGUGUACGGGCCUGAGAGUCUGGCGGUCGGCGCGGCGAGGGUGGGCGGCAAGACGGAGAAGUUUGUGGCGGGCACGCUGAAGGAGCUGUGCGAGACGGAUGAUAUUCUGGGGGGGCCGCUGCACAGCAUGGUUCUGCUCGGCAGGAGGGCGCAUGAGCUUGAGAGGGACUAUAUUCGCGAGUUUGCGUUCAACAAGGAGACCUUUGACAAGAGCUGGGAGGCGGAUUAUGGGAAGCAAUAG